AGCUAAGUCUGCCGGCGUUCUGAGAAAGGGCUUGAGUUGCCAAUGAUUGGGGGAGAUAUGAUACUUGACAUAAUGUUUCAUCGUCCAAAUGUCAUCAGGAAGAGCGUCAUAAAAGAGAAGCGUCGUCCAACUAUCUUAACGGUGAGAAAUGUGUUUCUGUUUCCCAGAUUCAGAGGAGGGAGAUUAAGAUGAGCGUGCUGGUGAAGCAGCUGACGGAGAGGAAGAAGCGGCACUCUGAAUGUCAGAAGGAGUUGGUCCAAAGAGAGAAGGCUUCGGGGGAAGUCUGCGAGGAGAGGGACGAGCUGAGAGCCAAGAUGGACGACCGGAGCAGAGAGUGUGUCCACCUCAACCAGACCAAAGACAGACUGGAGGCUGACUUGGCUGUGAGCCAUGAGAAACUCCACACCUUGCACCUGGAGGUUCGGAGCAGAGAUCAGUUCAUUCUGCAGUUAAGAGCUGAAAUGAAGACGGCUGAACAAAAGCACGAGAGGAAACAGGAACAGGUGGCAGCGCUGGAAGGUGAGGUUAGACACUUGAAGCGCGAGGUCAGAGGACACCAUGAAGAGAUGUCUCAGUUAAGCGAGAGGGUCAGAGAUAUGGAGCGCCUUAUAGACCAGAAGGAGAAAGAACAGCAGCAGCUACAUGAUCAGCUGCGUGAUGGUCAGCAACAGGUCGAGACAUUUGAAGGGAAGCAAGAGAAGCAGGAGCUUGAGAUGGAAUUUCUUCAGCAGCAGCUGCGAGGAGCCAAGGAGCAGCUGAAAGAUGCCAGUUUACAAGCCCAGGAGAAGAAAGAAACAGUAGCCAUUUUUAGACAGAAGUACACAGCAGCGAUGGAGAAGGUGCACCGGGUGCAAGGGCAGGUGGAGCUUUUGGAAGAGGAACUACAGUAUUCACAGCAACAGCUCGGAGAUGCCCAAGUUGGGACUCAUUCAGUGAAAGAGGAGCUAGCCGAGAUGGAGCAGCGGUACCGGGAAAAGGUCGGCCAAUGGGAGUUCUCGCAGGAGGCUCUCGACCAGUUGACGGAUGAGCUCCAGGCCAAUCAGGAUCUAUGGAGGGAGAGUCAACAAAAAGCAGACCAUCUGAAAGGCCUGGCAGGAUCCCUGCAGGAGCAAGUGGACACACUCAAACAGCAGAAAGCGAUGUUGGAGUGUGACCUACAGCUAUAUCAACAGAGUCACUCUCAUGCUGACGAGGAGUUCCUCCGGCAGCUGAGACACCGGCAGCAGCUUCAGAAGCGCUGCACGGAGCAGGUCGAACGCCUUGCAGAGUGUGAGAAGGCGAUUCUUCAGAUGAAGUCAGAGCUGGAGAGACAAGUCCAGGAAAAAGGGGGUCUGAAGCAAAGUCUUCUCGCGUCCCACCAUACACACACGAGCGACCGAAGCCGGCUGGAACAGGAAGUUGUAUGCUUAGAGCUUGAGCUGGCUGACACCCAAAAGGUACAUGUGGCACUUCUCAGACAGUCAGAGGAGGAGCUGAAGGAGGCCGUACAAGAGGCAGCGAGAAGGAGCAGUGAGGUGGAUGUACAGCGAGGAGAGGCGGUGAGGCUUCAGGAAGAGUUACUGAAGGGGGAGGAGAAGGCGAGUAGUGCCAUCAGAGAGAAACAAAGUCUGAGCGCUCGCAUCAGACAGUUGAGCCAAGAGCUGGAGGAGCUACGCAGCAAGCUGCAAGUGACAGUGGAGGAGUUGGCAGCCCGUGCAGAGGAGGCGAGGCGGAUGGAGGGGAGCCUGAAUGAGGGAAAGCUAGCAGAGGGGAAAAUAAGGUCAAUGGCUGCGAGGAUGGAGACGGAGGUGGCAGAGCUCACGAGGAAUCUUCACCAGGCUGUCGACCACAAACUCUCGGCAGAGCGAGAGAAGCGGGAAGCGCAGGAACAAGUGGACACACUCCGGUCGGAGCUGCAGGGGACACGGUCUGACUACGCACACCUUCGCCAUGAGAGCCAGCUGGUCAUGACUAAUGUUGACCGUUGGAUCAGUGAACAAAAGGUUUCCAACGAGAGCCUCAUCGGCCGGAUGAAGGCCCGCCAGCGGGUGCUGCUCCUCGUCACUGAGGAGAAAACACAUCUUCAGGGCGCUAAUGACACGUUGAAGGCGGAGGUAAAGAGACUGAAAGAAGUGGCGCAUGAGAAAGAGAGAGACACGGAACGCUUUAAGGCCAGGAUCCGAAACCAGAGCAUCCGGCAAGACGAGAGAACAAUGGAAAAGCAGAGUUGUGUUGCUCUAAACCUCAGCAAGAUCGAGGACAUGCACAACAGACUGCGAAGCAACCUGGAGGCCAUCGGAAUGCUAAAUCAACAAUUAAACUCCCUCAGCGGGGAGAAUAAGCGGUUGUGUAGGCGGCUGCAGGAGGAGAGGUCUAUGCGUAGACAAGUGGAGCGACUGCUCCCUCCUCCGCCUCCCACCUUCCAGCAGUGCUCCUCCGUCUACCUCCCCCUCUCCCUCAGUGCCUGCCCACCUCCUCCCUCCACCUCCCUACUCUCAUCCCUCCGCCUCCCUCCUCCCUUGAGCCCGGGCACAGCGACGGGGGACAUUGAUGGGAUUCUAACCCAAACCAAGCUGAGCAGAGCCGGGCUAGAGAGACCAGGUGAGUGCGAGGCUUUGGGUGAAGCGUUCCGGAUUAGGCCGCCUGCCUCUCUGGAAGAUGCUCCGUCUGGGAGGACAAGCAGGGAUCAGAACAAAUGAAGCCCCCUGAAGACUUUGACCUGUCGUGACUUCCUGACCUCCAGCUCCUCACCGGGGAGCGUGCUCAGUUUGAGGUUAAUGUCCUGCAGGUCAAAGUCAAGUCCCAGGGUGCUUUUUGCCUGAGGGGGACUCCAGAACCAGCGAAUGAUGGAAUUCCCUCAAAUCGUCAAAAUUCAACUCAAACAUCUCUCGACCGCUGUGCCAUGAAGAGGUUUUAUUCCAAGAACAUUCACCUUUUUUUAAAGAUUACGAAUCUAACACUUAUCAUAAAAGAGCAAUUUAUCACGCUGCAAAGCUCUGAACAGCGGCAGCUUAUAACAUUAGCAAUUAUGUCUUCAAAUAAUGAUCUUGUUUUGCAACAAAACUGUAGCACGAAGCACUAAAAUGUAUUUUGUCUACACUUCUUUGAGAAUCCAGACAGUUCUGAUGAACUAUAAUCAGUUUAAUUCAACUUAAAUAGGCAAAUUAACUAAACAGAACAAGUGACUAACACAUUCUUAAGUGUUGAUGAAUGCGUCUCACACCGGAGGAGAGUCGUGCUUUGGAUAUAUGAGGGACGGCACAUCAUCAGUGUCCACACACACACACACACACCUCCGAUGUGGACGGCUGUAGCACAGUCUCUGAUUACGCUGCAGCUGUGCGCCAUGUGUCCUGCGUCUACUGCGUUGAAUGUAGCCGUAUGUCUUUAUGUGCGAGUACAUUAUGUGUCUGCGUGCUUCUGCCUGUCUGUAAGUGCCUGUGGCUGAGUGUGUGCUUGUGUGUGAUUGAGUGUAUUAGAUGUUUAUUAUAGUAGAUGUUGUUUUAGAUUUUUAGUUUUAUACUUUUUAUUGAUUCCUCUCUGUCGUUGUGUUCUGAGUGUUGUUAAGACGGGGAGAAUAAAGACAGAUACAUUUGUGAGCGGUUGUACAUUCUUCCCCAAUUCUAUUCCAUCCGUCAAUAUGCCAACAAUAUAUCAACCGGCUAGCAACGCCACCUGUUAGCAUCGCAUAAUUAGGCAUUUUUACAGUUUUUACGUGACAGCUGAGACACAAAGAUGAUGAC